UAAUAUAGAUAUCAAUUUUUUUGGUUUUGUUUUGUUACAUCUAUAUGGUCAAUUUCGUUUUCUUUUUUAAACAGUGACAACUGAUCUUUCACUGGAAUCUUGCUCAUUCGUCUCUUACCCUCAAUGGAUUCUCAAGUUUUAUUGGUCUUCUACUGUUCUGCUGUCCUUCUUGAAAAUUAAAUUGCAUUUUGUUGCUUUUUUUAGGGUGUCAACAAAACGAAGGCGUUGACUUUCUUCUAGGGAUUUAUCAGAUUGGAUUACUCCACUCUCUACCCAUCCAAUACCGGGAAAAAGAAAAAAACAAAACUCUUUUUUGAAUUUUGACACUAGGUUCUGUUAUCUCAUCGGUUUUUCCUUCCUGGGUGUAUGGGAUUUUUGUCAUACUUCAAUGGCUUUCCUUGAACCUUGAGCGUUCAAGGUUUAUGAAAUCCUUUAGCGUUCAAGGUUUAUGAAAUCCUUUAGCGUUCAAGGUUUAUGAAAUCCUUUCUCUUUUCUUUUUUCCUGAUCUACUUCUUUUUUAUCCCAAUUAUCAAAUUUUAGAUGUUUGGUUUUGGGUUUAUCGAGUUAUAGAUUUGAAGUUGUUUAGGAGAAUCUUGCUUUGUCGGGUAGUGUUAACUGUCAAUGGAUGCCGUCCAUAAAGAUGUUAAUGGACAUAAAAAUGAGACUUCAGCUGCCAUAGAUUCUCCAAAACUUGAAGACCAUACUGAUGGAGAAGAUUACAAUGAGUCAAAUUCUCUGUUGCCACAAAACAAAGGUGGGAUAUCGACAAAAUCUGAAAAGACUGAGCGAAAAGUCCAAUGGAAUGAUAGAAAUGGGAAUGAACUCGCAGAGGUUAUGGUGUUUGAACCAAGUGAUGUGAGUGAUUCUGAUGAUGAGGAUUCGGACUCGGAUUCCUGUAUAUGUACAAUAAUGUAGAUAAAAUACAGGACACAUCCAGUGAUUAUCUGCUGGAAAUAUCAAUUUGGGCUUCAGUUUCCUCCUUGAUGUUGAUGACGUUUGCUAUAAGAUAGCCUUCCUGGUUUCAACUUGCUUUUUGAAGGAUAGAUUAAAACUAUGUUACUCGAACAUGAGUUUGUUGGAUACACCUGUAUCCAACAAGGGUAUGUUCAAUGGAUGGAUCCUUAAGAGUCAUACCCCAAACCAAUGUUUGGCUAUGUGUCCUACAUAUGUGUCUAAUACGUGUAUUUAUAGAAAAAUAAAAAGUCGGAGUAACAUAGGAUAAAAGGGACCAGAAGCCAAGCAAGACAUUCUCUCAUAUAUGCAGUUUAUCAAACUGGAGCUCCGUACAACUUCUGAGGUGGUUUGACAUGCGUUUCACAAUGAACAGAUACGAAAAUUCCAUGGCCUUUCUUGCAUAAUGUAUAUAUAGAUUAAUUGUUAUGGUCCUUUUUUUUUGGCCCCUUGUACGUUUAUAUUUCACUAUUUGAACAACAAUUAAGAGAUUACAUUCCUCGAUAGUAAAAUGAAUAGCCGAUACCUUAUCUCAUAUUUGAUUCCUAUUUCCUCCCUGUAUUGCUUCUUAAUGUUGAUUUCUCCAUCUUAACACUUCUGGUUGCCAGUUGCUUUGCUGAUGUAGAACAAAAACCAUCUGCUGAUAGAAUUACUGAGCUAGAUUCAGUAUGAGAAGACAGUUCAUUUUUUAUCCGAUGUGUGACUAAUGCACUUUAUCUAGCACUUAGUCUAACACUGCCAGGUUGCAAGUGCUACUCACUGCCUGACUGAACCCCAAAUAUAAUAGGUGAAUGCUUAACAUUCUUUUACAGCAAUGAGAAGCCUGAAUUUAAAUGGUUCGACUUCAACAAAUUGCUCAAUCCUUAUACAAGACAGUAAAGCAUGAACAAACUGGGAGCCAAGAGGCUACCAAAAUUACCAAAUCGUAUCAAACAAUCUCAAAUGAAUCAAAGAAUCAGAAACUGCAAUACAAAACAAACAAACACACAAUACCCCAAACUUUCACACACCCUUGGAUCAUAAACUUGUUGCUGCCUUUGCAUAUGAACUUGAAUUCAAAUAGGCUUGAUUUUGAUACUAUUAUUGUAAUCUUUGAAAACUAGAGGUUGGUGAUAUCUAAGAUUACCCUAUCUUCUCGACUUCUCCUUGAGAACAAGCCAUCCGAUAUGUUUGUCUUUGAUUGCAGGGUAUCAAAUGCAAUGCUGCAACUAUUGGUGCUACCUGUGAACUGGGACUUACGCGGUGAAACCAACCAAUUUGAGAGGCUAGCAUCGACUGCUAUGUCUUGCAGUAGGGGCUUUGAUUGAUUAUAAUUUGUUGAGCAGUUGGAUCUCAGGUCUGAACUGAAGGGUACUUGUGAUUCUCCCUCUGCUGCAACAUUCUCCUUCCUCAUCUGCUUUGGUUUUGCGGCUGCUCUCGCUUUGAUUUCUUUCCAUUGUGUCGUGU